UAAUACAUCUCUGUCAAGAUAUGUAUGUGAAUUCACAACACGAGCGUGAAAAUUUCAUUUUGGAUCUGACGCCAAAAAAACGAGCUUUAGAUGAUCAAUAUGAAGAGAUUUCUAAAUUUACAAAAUACAACAAUGAUGAUAGCAUUAGAACUUUUAGGAAAUCAAAUACUAUUAAUACUGAUUUUUCAGAAAAUUUAUCUCUUAACAAUACUGAAUCAUAUAUUGAUGACCCAAAAGUAAAUUCAAAAAAGGGUGCAAGAACGCCUGCGAAUCUUAUAUUUAAUAGAUUCAAAAUAUUUUUCCAUGCAACUUGCAAUGCCAAUUCUGGACUGCCUAAACAUCAUAUUUUAAAUAUUGUCAAAAAUUCAAAAGAAAUGUCAAAAGAAAUGUCAACAAACAUUGUCAUUCAGCAUAUUUUUCCAAAGCAAUUUGGACAUUGUAAUGUGUUUGAUUAUGAUAAUAAUGGGCAACUAAGUGUAGAAUCAUUAUUCCAAUCAUAUCAAAAUCGUAUUACUGAGAUUCAGAAGUCUAGUGCUGAUAUACCUCAUCGCUUAACUCAAGUGUUACCUAUGAUACGUGAGAUGAUUUCAAAUCAUAAAAAAUGUGGAUACAAAUAUUUACUCAACCGUUUUUGCCCUGUGGCACGAGACAGGUUAUCAACUUCUCCCACGGACAUUAAUUAUUAUAUUCAGUCUAGUUCGAAUACGAAUCAGGUAUACACGUUUGUUUGUGCGGUGUUGCAACAAGUAAUUCCAGAGAUAUUUUGGGCUAUGGAAGUGUUCAUCUUACUUAGAUUUUAUGAAGAGCUCUCAUUGCAUAACGUUUUAAAAAAAUUCAAAAUUAUGCAGUGCGCAUGGCUUAUAGUAGAGGGUAAUAAAAAUAACAAAGUUGAAGCUGAUAAACGUUCUGAAAUAUUAUAUGAAUUCAUUUGGUGGAUAUUUGAUUGUUUUGUUAUUUCGCUACUUCAGACUACUUUCUAUAUAACUACUCAUACAAUGUAUGAAAAUCGGGUGUUUUACUAUCGCAAAGACGUUUGGUUACAACUUGAAAAAAAUGCGCAAUUAUUGGACAAAAAGUUUUCUGACCUAGAUAAUGUAGCGUUAUGUUUUGAUGAGAUUUAUGAAUGUUUGAAAUAUUUUAAACAAAGUCUUACUGAAAAUAGACGUGCACAAUCAAAGAUAUAUUUUGCAAAAGUGGAGGUUCAACGUGAGAUGGAAUUGGCGGUGUUUCCUUUUGUAAAGCGUGAUAAUGAUGUUAUGCUACGUUUUCUUGCUGAUUUCUUGUACAUAAGUGCUGACAAAGAAAAUGUUGAAAGAUUUAUAACUACGAUGUAUAAAGAUCAUCCUUGCGCUGUUAACAAAGAAAAGAGCUUAACAAACUUCGAUAUCAUCGUCAAUAGAAAACCGAUAAAAAAAUUGAGUAAUACGUUUGCUUCACAUGUAGGUCUUUCUAAUUCGUUAUUCAAUAUAAUUUAUAUUGGCUAUUCAUUACGUAUUUUAAUAAAAAACUAUGUAGACAUUGAAAAUACUUUAACGGUUAAAGAUUUUAUUGAAGCAUUUAAACAAGCGAUGAUUGAGUAA